AUGUCUUCCGUACCGUGGACUCCAGGCCGUGGUCGUGGUCGUGGUGGCUUUGCUCCGCGAAGAGGGCGUGGCGGAUCGUCUCCGGCAUUCGUGAAACGCGAGCUUAUCAAACCUGAUAUAGAGAAGUAUCCGCUUGGCAGCCUGAUCGAACUCCUCCACGUUUCUAGUUUAGAGGCCAAGAGUGACGACACGACUCCAGGUAUCUCUCAUUGUCAAUAUGUAGCUUCGUACAAUUGGCUAAACGAGAAUACUCCAACUAUCAUUGUCCCUGGCAAGCCUCCUCGAUGGACACCCCUCGCUACUCCACGACGUUUGUCAGAAGACAGCGGACAAUACUAUCGCGAUCCAAACGCUGCGAUGUUUGAUCUCCCCCUCACACCAGCUGUGAAGGCCGUUCUGGACAUCGACUCCCCCGACCAGAGAUCUGAAAUCGAUGUCUUCGCCUGUGGUAGUACGCUAGGCAAUCUUCUACGCCUCGUUCGUGGACUCGACAAGCCAUUCCGUUUUGAUAUUGAGUUGAUUGGCAACACCGUAUUCUUCAUCCGCAAAGAGAAUGACCCGAAAGAGCUUAUCAAGGACGUGAGAGGAUUUGGGCAUACCUUCCCCGAGGCGUAUACAACCUGGGAGAAAGAGACUAAAGGGUCUGAAACACAUCAGCGUAUUGUACAAUACAAACUGGGGAACCUCGAAUGUAUGGUUCGAUUUGAAUGCGAUGGCUAUAUACAGGACACCUCUACCCUUGAUAAGUCGGAGGGUAGUAGACCAAACGGCCAUCCGAACGAUGUUGAUCUCCUCGAUGCGUUCCAGAAGACGGCCAUUACUCCAUCGUUCCACUCGACUCUAUCGAUGAAACCAGACAUGGAUCUUCCAACGAUCAAACAGGCUGGCUCUUAUGUUUCACAAUCUUCCAUCUUCGACUUGAAAACCCGUUCUGGCAGGUACAACAAGGAAAUCAACAUGUAUGAUAUCUAUCCCCAGCUAUGGAUUAAACAAGUGCCCAAUUUCAUUGUUGCAUAUCACGAUGGUGCUGGCCUAUUUCAAGAUAUCCGAGUCCAAGAUGUCAGGAAAGAUGUGCAGGACUGGGAAACAGAGAACAUUGACGCGAUUCGCCGUCUGACCGUAUUAUUGAACAGGAUCAUCGAAAUUGCAAAACGAGACAAAGGAGGUCUGUUGGAGGCUUACUGCGCCGGAACUGACCGCCUGGAAAUUCGAGUUCAACAUGGAGGAGGCACCCAUGCAUUGCCUGCCAUGCUAAGAAGUGCGUGGGUGGGAGAGAACGAGUCCCAUGUCGACGAUAGUGGUAUAGACCUUGGAUACAAGGAAGACAGUGACUUUGAGGAUGAUAGUUCUGACGAGGAAGAGAAAGACUUCACUGCCUGUUCUGCCGAGGAUUGCGGAUAUUGUGGAAGGUGCACGUAUUAG